AAUGAUAUUUUUGCUCCACCGCUAAGCUUUCUUCAUCUGAGUAAACAUGGUGUAGACUCCUUUCCUUGGCCACUUCCAUUUUUUUGGUCAAAAAAAGCAACUGCAAUUCUACCGCUUAUACUUUCUUAGUCAAAUAAAGCCACUACGUUCCUUUCCAUUUUUUGUUUUAACUAUGAUCAGCUGCUUCCACUUUCUCAUCCUGUUCUGACCUUUUCUAGAAACUUGAGCCAAUGUAAUAUGGUUAAUUAUAUUAUAUCAAGCACUGAUUCUCGUGACUACCAACGAAAUAUGGAACUUAGUCAUGACUCAUACACUCGAAUCUAUACUCUAACAGUAGUGUUAAUUAAUGAUUUGUUCAUAGAUUUCCACCUGAUCCUCCACCAUUUCUGUUUUUCUGAUUCAUACAUUGACUGGAGAUGCUGACUAUUUCAAAACAACCAGUCUUGUUGUCUGACUUUCCCUAGAGCUUGGAAAUGUAUUUAACGAUUUUCCUGUCUGUUUGCCUAACAAACCUUGGCAAUAGUACUCCAAGUAUGAGUUCCAGAGAAGGACAUGAUCAAUUAGGCGUCAGUCAGCAGGCUUUGGAAAUGGAUUCUGGAGAGAAGCGUCUCAAUGAGCUUGGAUACAAGCAAGAGUUGAGAAGAGAGAUGACUCUAUUCAAGACGCUUGCAAUAACAUUUUCGAGCAUGGCAGUUUUUACUGGAACGCCACUAUAUGGCCCAAGCCUACGUUAUGCAGGUCCUGCAAGCUUAAUAUGGGGAUGGGUGGUGGUCACCUUCUUCACCUGGUUUGUUGGACUAGCCAUGGCUGAGAUAUGCUCCUCCUUCCCUACUACAGGUUCUCUAUACUUUUGGGCUGCCCAUUUGGCUGGACCAAGGUGGGGUCCAUUUGCAUCAUGGUUUUGUGCAUGGCUCGAGACCAUUGGUCUUAUUUCUGGAAUUGGAGCACAGGCCUAUUCAGGAGCGCAGGCACUGCAGAUGAUCAUUCUUUUGUCCACUGGAACAAACAAGGGUGGAGGCUACUUUGCAUCAAGAAGUGUAUUUUUGGCCAUGUAUAUGAGCCUUACCCUUAUAUGGGCUAUACUCAAUUCAUUCGCCUUAGAAGUAAUAGCAUUCCUGGACAUAAUUUCCAUAUGGUGGCAGGUAAUCGGUGGUUUAGUGGUGAUUAUAAUGCUCCCUCUAGUGGCACAGCAAACACAACCAGCUUCUUAUGUGUUCACUCACUUUGAAACAUCCCCUGAGGCAACUGGAAUACGCAGCAAACCUUAUGCAGUGAUACUAUCUGUGCUUUUAAGCAACUACUGUCUAUACGGUUAUGACACUGCAGCUCAUCUAACUGAAGAAACAAAAGGGUCCGACAGAACUGGUCCUAUUGCCAUUCUUUCCAGUAUUGGGAUCAUUUCUGCAUUUGGGUGGGCUUAUAUCUUAGCUCUUACCUUCUGCAUUCGGGAUCCAAACUACUUGUAUGAUGAGAACAAUGAGACAGCUGGUGCCCUUGUACCAGCACAGAUCAUUUAUGAUGCAUUCCAUGGGAGGUAUCAAAAUUCCACUGGAGCUGUUGUAUUUCUGUGUAUAAUCUGGGGAUCAUUCUUCUUUUGUGGGCUUUCAGUUACUACUAGUGCUGCCAGAGUUGUUUAUGCACUAUCUAGGGAUAAAGGAAUUCCAUUUUCACCAAUAUGGAGGAGAGUUCACCCGAAGCAUAAGGUUCCGAGAAAUGCUGUGUGGCUAUGUGCAGCCAUAUGCAUGAUCCUUGGCCUACCCAUCCUGAAGUUAGAUGUAGUUUUCACAGCUAUCCUUUCCAUAAGUACAAUCGGAUGGGUUGGUGGCUAUGCUGUCCCAAUCUUCGCCAGGUUAGUCAUGGCAGAGGAAAAUUUCAAACCAGGACCUUUCUAUUUGGGUAAAGCAAGAAGGCCAAUUUGCUUGGUAGCCUUCCUGUGGAUAUGUUACACCUGUUCAGCAUUCUUACUGCCAACUCUCUACCCUCUUCAAUGGAGAACUUUCAAUUAUGCACCAAUAGCCCUUGCUGUAGCUUUGACUGCAAUAAUGCUUUGGUGGGUCUUGGAUGCAAGGAAAUGGUUCAAGGGGCCGGUAAGGAACAUUGAUAUACAAAAUGGAGACAUUUGAAUGUUAGUUUCUGAAUUGAAAGCUUUUCCAUGGAGAAGUCUGAUAUAACCAAAUUCAAGAACUCAUCAUCUUGAUUGAAUCACAACUCAAGUCCCAUAAUUAAUUUUGCAAUAAUGUUCAGUCUUUUAUUGUACUUUUAAAUUAGGAGCGGGGGUUUG